GUUUCCAGUACAGAAUAACAUAAAAACGUUGUUUGAAGAGAGCGAAACAUACAUAAGAACUUAAUGACAGGAGUUUGGCUAUAGUUUUAAUAAUUAAAAACUCUUCUUCAAAAGAUCUAAAUAGAUUUCAUACAAAAAUAUAAAUAAUUCUUUUUGGCAUGAUUGUUUUUUAAGCCUCACUUUAGUCUUUAAUAGUCUAAGAAUUGAUUAAAUGUUAGUAAUUGAUAAUAAAGACACUAAACCAUCAUUAAAAUAACCGUGUUGGGAUGUUCUGAGGUUAAAAGAAAUAUAAAUUGGGUUACUGUGAAACCACUAUUAUCCAACAAAUUGGAAUUGUUAAAAAAAAAAAAGCCAAAACAUGAAUAACCCACUGACUGAUGGGAGAAAUAGGAGCGAGCUGUGAGGAAGACCUCCUCUCUUCUGUGAGUAUCUGAGGGUGAGGGUCGCCCCCCUCCCGGGGACAUGUAGGGAGUGUCUGGAUGGAUGGAUGGGACGCCUGGCUCCGCAGCAAAGCAUGCAGGGAAAUGUGCCCGUGUCUGUGGGCGUGGUCUCGUGCAGGUCACGUGCUGCGGGCCUUUGUUGAUGUGCUCGGAGUCCCGGUGAGAGGCAGCGGCCGUUCCGUCCACUCUACCCGCGCUCGGUGUCUCCUCUUCGGUCUGGAUGCUGCGGGGAGCCGCUUCGGAGCUGCCGCGGUUCUGCUCGGGUCUGGGAUCGAGGCGGCGGGGCUGGGGGAUGGAGGCUGAGGCCGGGCUGUGAGCGGAGGGUGGGGGUCGCUGCGUGAAGCCCCAGGCCGCGCGCUGCUUUGUUGUCCCGGGUCGCAGCGCUGCUCCCGGCUUUGUCCUCGCCGCUCCGGCAUGGCCCCGCGCCGCUGAUCCGGCAGGGAUCCGGGCCGUUCCGUCGCCGCUGCGCUUCGUGGAGGAUUUGGUUCCGUAGAAGCGGGUUUUGGGUCAUUUCUCCCGGUUUGUUGUUCGUCUCCAUUCAUCCCCCGCCCCCUCCCCAUCCAUCCAUCAUGGCUCCACCGCCCCGCUUCUCCCCGCUCUACUGCCUGCUGGUCCUGCUGCUCCUCCCCGCCGUCCUGGGCUCGUUCCCCCGCGGUGGGGGCUCGGACUGUGGCCCCGGGAAAGACUGCUCAGGCUUGUCAGAGAAGAAGAGCGACCUCCGGGUGUGCGACACCAUAACAUGUCGCUUUGGAGGAACCUGCCGGGAAAAUGGCGCUGAAAUCAAAUGUGUCUGUCACUUCCAGUGUCGAAAGGACUACAAGCCGGUUUGCGGCUCCAACAAAGACACGUACCAGAACGAGUGUUAUCUGAGGAGAGCCGCGUGCAAGAAGCAGACAGCCAUCAGCAUCAUGUCCGAGGGACCCUGUUACCAUGACGCCGGCUCAGGAUCUGGAGAUGGAGACGACGAAGGCUCCGGCCGCGGGAAGAAAACCUCCAAAUGCGGAAACUGCAAGUUUGGAGCCGAAUGUGAUGAAGACUCUGAGGACAUGCUCUGCAUGUGCAACAUCGUGUGCAACGGCCACACCAACAACCCGGUGUGCGGCAGCAACGGCGUCACGUACGACACGCCCUGCCACAUGCGCGAGGCGUCCUGCCUCAAGCAGCUGAAGAUCGACAUGAAGCACGUGGGACGCUGCCAAGAUAAAAGCAGGAAAGACGACAGCAUGAGGACCAAACCUGACAUCUAUGCUGAUUUGAACCCCUCAGAGGGGGAUGGGUUUCCAGAUAACCCCGCCCCUUGUCCUGAUGACUACGCCCAGUUCUGUGAACACGGCCAGUGUGAGAUGAGAGGCACCCUGCCCACCUGCAGGUGUGACGCGGCGUACGGCGGCCCGCAGUGCGACCAGCUGCUGGACUUCAACAUCCUCUAUGUGGUACCCAGUGGUCAGAAGAUGCACUACGUCCUCAUCGCUGCCAUUAUCGGCGCCGUUCAGAUCGCUGUGAUCGUUGCCGUGGUGAUGUGCUUCACCAGGAGGUGCAACAAGGCGAAGCGCGGCCGCAGACAGAAGCAGCACCUGGGCCACUUCCCGUCAGGAACCUCCUCCAGGAUGAUGUAGUUCCUGCUCGUCUUUUUAUAACGUCCGGUUUUGGUACCGCACAGACUGACUGCAGUUUUGUAUCGCCUCUCUGGUGCCUCUUUGCGUUUCCCUUCUUUGAAGCUGGAUCUGUCAGUUCUGAAGGGGCCUUAUUUGGGUUCUGUUAGGCCUGUGCAGGCGACUCGGUCCGGUCCAUCCUCUCUAACAGGAGCAGAACCUUUGAUGUUCGCCCUGUGAAGGUUAAAACUCUGGCGAUCCAAACCCGCCAGAGCAUCGAUCAGCAGCCCAGACUAAACCAGAAUUUCGUGGUUCAGGUUUGAGGACCAAAAUGUGGAAUCACGGGUUCUGCUGACAUUUGAUAGAAACCCUGUAGACGUUUGGGUUUUGUGUGAAACCUGAAGCCCUGCUGACGUGUUCUGGUCCUUCAUCUGCAGGAGUGUGUCCGGUUCUGGUUCUGUCUUGAGCUACGGCACACGCCUGCAGAUGCCGACUCAGAACCCAGACGGGCUUCAUCUAAAAACCUGAAACCCUCAAAUCCAGAUUAUUCCUGAUUCUCUGAAAACUGCAGCAUGAAAAGGAAACUUCCAGAGGAUUCCAGUGGAGCAUUGCUCAUUGGUCGUACCGCCUUCAGCCCCCAGAGGGCGCUCUGGCAGGGCCGAGCUGGUUGCCUUUCACAGGGUGGAAGUCACGUCGUCUUUAUUUGAGUGUUUGUUGUGGAUGAAAUGCACCUGAAAACCAAAAUGCUGUUUUUUUUACUGCUUCACAAACUGUACAGGUCAGAAUGAGUUGUUGCUUUGUUUGUGUUUUUAUUUCCCAUGAUGCCAUAAUGGAAAUGCAUUCAGCGGUUCGUGUCUCUGGAGGAAGGGACUGUUUUUUUAUUCUGAUGUGUAUCGAUGGUACGACCUGUUCCUGUUGGUUGUUGUUUCGUGGUAGAAGACGUAGAAGGUCGGCGGUGGGGACGAGGGCGCCCCCUGCAGGAGAGCGGCCUGACCUCACCGUAGUUGUACUGCAUGAUACCGUGAUGCUGUUGUGUAGUCUGUGCUGUAGCCAAAGUAGAAUUAAAUUAUGACAUUUGAA